AUGACCAAAGGAACUGAAUUAACUGACUUUGAGCGUGGUUUUAUCAUUAGUGCUAGCAGUUUUGGCGUUACAAAAGAGGAGGUUGGUGAGAAAUUAGGUCGUUCCAGAAACACUGUGCACACUGUUAUUGCCAAAUAUAAAGAAAAUAGGGCAACUACAGUUGCAAAACGUAGUGGCAGGCCUUGCAUAUUAACGGAGAGAGAUGAGAGGCAGUUAAAACGGAUCGUAAAAAGUGAUUGCAAGCAACCACUUAGUGUAAUUCGUGAAAAUUUGGCUGAAUCAGUCAAACAUGGUGGAGGCGGUGUUAUGGUCUGGGCAUGUUUUACUUGGAAUGAACUGGGGCCUCUUAUAAGACUAGAGGGUAAGAUUAAUAGUCAAAGAUAUGUUGAAGAAGUGUUGUAA